GUAGAUGGUAUGGCUAAGAGUAGCCCGUUAGCUUUAUUGGCCGCCCACUGUUCCAAAAUAGGCUCCUCCUCCUCCCCUCCCCCUGCCCUGAACCCCGCCGCAGUGGCAGUCGCCUCAAACUGGUUCAACGCCUUCCCUAAAUUCGAGGAACCCUUCGCAUGCUAUUCUCAACAGUUCUCAUCCGCUGAUGCAGCAGCGCUGUCUUCCAGAACGGCCGCUGGAAUGAUCCAGUGUCAAACUUCUCCUGCGGCAGAUGUGUUCAAUUUCCAAGACGGUUUCUUCGGAGGUAUCAAUGAUAUAUUCCCGGCUGCUGCAUACAUCAAACAGGAACCGCCGAUGCCCUCGUACGGCUGUCCAAACGUGAACAAGAGUCCCAUCCACGCACAUGCGAGCAAUGGUUACAACGCUUUAUCAUCUGUCGGCUACCAGCAAGACAUACUAGACUUGACAGUUCCCGGCAGUGGAUCUUUGUCCAACAUGGAUCUCAGCUCACAUGUCGGAGGUCUCAGCUCAUGUCCUGUCCAGCAACAGCUCCUCAUGAGUCAAGUGAACGGGGGAACCCACCCACAGUCGCACAUGGGCGGGGGCGGAGGUGGGGGGUCAUCCCAACAGACUAAUGCGACAGCUGUAGACCAACUCUCCAAGUGCUCCUUGUUAAAUAGCUUUACUUCUCCCCAAUCCAACAAUUCACAUUCGAUGAGUGGCGGUGGCGGACAACCUACGUCACAUCAUUCUCACCACAGUGCCCAGCAAAAUGCCCACGAUAGCUUUGUCAACUUCAUGAGUCGAUCGAUUGAAUCGAACUCAGUAAAAACCUCGAAAGCUUUACUUCAACAACAACAGGAUCAACACUUGGCUUCUCUGAGCAGCAACACGAUAGGAGGAACCUUGUCUCAGUCACAGCAAAACCAACACAACUCUCGAAGCCUGGAAUGUCCUCAGAACCAAAUCUCCUCCAAUCUUCACAGUCAACACAGCUUACAACAGCAUCAGCAGAUGUCACCCAGUAGUGUAAAUAACGUGGCCAAUGAUUUGAUGACACAGCAGAUCCUAAGAGCGGCGGCAGCUGGCUGUUUCGCAACUCCUAAUGGUCUGACUAGCAGUUCGUGCCCAAAUAGUAUGGCCCAAAACCAGUCUAAUUUCAAUCCUAUGGCCAAUUUGAUGGCGGCUGUGUCCACGGCAACGGCUUCAGCGGGAACAGAUCAUUCUGUGUUAGAUCAGACAAGUGGCUGUACAGGUGUGGGCUCGACUGCACUAAGCAAUCAGCACCUGUCGGGUCAUGCAGGGGGAGCUAGUGAUAGUUGCAGUCCCCCCUGGGAUAGGGGCAUGAGAGUGGUUCAGCAUCAGCAGCAGAAUGGACUGUUAAGGUCGCCACCUGGAGGAAGCAGUGUCUCCUCCUGUCCUGCUAAUCCUAGACAGCAGGGAAUUCUAGACAUGCAUGUGUCUCCGCCGAAUAACAGUAAUGGAGGCAAUAAUGCUUCCAAUGCGCUGGCACAGGCGCAACAACAACAUGCAGCCGCUAGAUCGCCGGUAGCGGCGGCAUCUUACAUGCAAAACGGGACCAAUACUAACCCAAAUACGGCUUGCUCUACCAACUCCAAUCUAAGUUCUUUGAUGUCAAGUCAGCAACAUAACAACUCAAUCGCGGUGACAUCACCGUUCGCAACAGGGUCAAACAACAAUACUACAGGAGGGUCUUUAACACCUCAGGGAUCAAUGGGGGGCUCUGUGAUUGGGGCGAACAACAAUGCAACAUCGCCCAAUAUGGGGCAAGUGGGAUCAGUGUGUCCGAGCAAUCUGAAUCAGACACCUCCCGGAUGUCAAAGGAGGCCGAGCAGUAUUAUGAACAAUGGACAACAGCAGCAACAUUUGGACAACAUGCAAAAAUGGAUGCAGCAACAGCAACACCAUACAAGUCCACAAGGGGGAGGUAUGCACUUGAUGGCCAGCAAUCACCCUCACGCUGGGAGCCAAGCUGGAAUCCAAGGGGUUCCACAACAGCACCAGAUGCAUCCGCAUCAUGGAUCCAACGGGUUCCCAUCGCCAGGCACCGGACCUCUAGUCAUUAGCGAGUGUCCUGCGUCCAUGGUCAGUGCGAGAGGAAGUGUGACUCCAGGAAUGCAUCAUGGUCGAGGAGCUGGAAUGUCAGCUGGAUCACCAGGAGCACUAGUGCACUCCCACGUUCGCUCGGCUUUGGCCAUUGACACUAGCAACACUCCGGCGCCGACACCUCAUCUCAGUGGUCCAGUGUCAUUUCACAUGCCGAAAGUUGCGUCUAGAAAAGUGAGAAGAGUUGCGUGCAGUUGCCCAAAUUGCAUAGACGGCGAAAAGAACAUGGAUGGGAAGAAAAAGUCACACAUCUGUCACAUCCCCGGCUGUGGGAAGACCUAUGGGAAGACGAGUCACUUGAGGGCUCAUCUCAGAUGGCACAUUGGAGAGAAGCCAUUCGAGUGUAUGUGGAGUUUCUGUGGCAAGCGCUUCACUCGCUCAGACGAGCUGCAGAGACAUCAGCGCAUACACACUGGUGAAAAGAAGUUUGUAUGUCAGCUGUGUGAUCGUCGCUUCAUGCGCAGUGACCACCUCUCGAAACACAUCAAGACUCACAGCAAACCACGCAAGACUUCCUUCCCUUUCAAGUCUCCUCUGAGCUCGCCAACUGGAACCAACAACAACAACAACUUCAGCCAGGGUUCCUCAGAUAUAAAUCAAGAUGGAAGCGGGGAACUGGUAUCUCCUAAUGAUAACAUGCACCCGGUACCAUCGCCCUCCAAAGGGCAUCAUAGGUCAAGUAACUUGAACAACAACAACUCGCCCCCACUUUGUCUGACUUCGGCUAACGAGAUGAGCCAAUUCAACUCUCUAGAUGGGAUGCAAUGCAAUGAUAUAAUUAAUGAUAGGAGUGGCAGAGGUGCUUUACAAAGUGCAAAUGACAAUUUCUCUCUUCUCAAUAGCGAAAGUCUCAUCAAAUCGCAACUCGCAGAUUUGGAGUGUCUAAUACACGAGAACAAAAUGGACGCUUCCUCGCCCUUUAACGGCUGUACGCCCAUGCAAAUAAACUAAAUCUUUAAUUUGAAAAGCUUCAAAAAAACUAAACUGUAUCAAAACGAUGGCUUUAUUGAUUGAUAGUUUUAACCUAUAGCUUAUAAUAACUUUGAAUGCGAGUUGUGUAAUAGCUCUAAUUUGAAGUUAGUUUCGAAAUGCUUUCUAUUUGGAAUUAAUUUAUCGCCGCCCGAAGUGCUAGAAGAGCGACUACUUUAUUUCUGCUUUGUUUCCUUUCGUAUUUCGAUGCCCAUCUUUGGAUGAGUGUUUCCAACCAAAUGUUGACCAAAACUUCUUCCUGGACCUUACUCUAAUAGCUUUAUAACAGAGUUUAAUUAAUGUUCCCCUCGUGACUUUAAAUUUAACCACUUUCACGAAACCUUCGAACUUUUCUCAAAGCUUUAUUCGUACCAAAUUCUCAAUUCGUUCAAAUGUCAGAAAUGUCCUCUCGAUCUGUGAUGUGAAUUGAUUCGUUUCUAAUUCUCCGAAAUUCAAAAUAGCUUUGUUUUCUAAAUUGAAUAUUUCCUUUGUAACAAAUGUAAGGUAUUCUAUACAGGGUUAUUUUCGUUAGUUUAAAAAAUCACGCAGAUGCAUUAGUUUUGCUAUUAAAUUUAUCUCCGCCCAAAACGGGAUAAAUCUGGAUGACUUCAAUUGUAACUCAGUCACUGCUAUACAAACAGGGUGCAGAAAAUGUAGGGUCAUUCAUCUGAAUCUGAGCGUUCGUAUCUUCGCCUUAGUCGAGCCUUGAGUUACCUCCCAUAGAAUUUUUUUAAUGGUGUUCUGCACAGAUUUUGAGUUUGGUGUUCUGCAAGGCUCGCUUUGGUGCUCCACAGGGUUUUAAUUAUUCGUUCGUUGGCAGAAUUAUUUUUGUAAUCACUUAUCACAUUGUGUAGUUGUUUCUAUUCAAUUCUAUUCUAUUGUAGUGAACACUGUUUGAAGCUUUUUGUAAUCAUAGCUUUUCUUCUCCAUAGCUUUAUCCACUAAUAGCUUACUAUGUCUUAAUCUAUUCGAUAUUCUGGUUUCAUUUUAAUCUAUUGUACAUAAUAUAUUCACAAUUGUUUUAAUUCAUUCAUUUUUGAUGCAUUAGUAUAAUCUAGAAAUCCUACUAAAUCUUCCGUGAGUUGUUACAUCUCGGGACAGAACUUCUAACAACAAAUGAAUAAAUUGGGUUCUGUAGUCAACUAUAAACUCCCGAUUUUUUAAUGAUUCAAAAGUACGAAAAAAAUAGCUCGAUUUCCAGUAAACAUCUGGAGUAAAAAUUGACAAUCAACUUAUGAAACCAUUCAUUUUUCAAGUGUUAAUUUGUUGUUUUUCCUCGAUAUGGAGUUUUUUUCAAUAGAACCCUUUGUAUUCAAUUAUAAUAAGUUGUUGACAUUUGCUCGCUUUAGUUUAUUAUAUUGUAUUUGAAUAAGAAGUCGAGACAGUACAGUACUAUAGUGUGGUUUAUUGAUGAUGGAAAUGUUGUUGAUAGUAGUAAUUAUGAACAUGUAACAUAUCACACCUUCUGCGAAGGCCUUUGUCUGUUCAUUCACUAAUAACUCUCUCUUCUCUCAUCGGUAAUUUGUUUUCUUUGCUGCACUUUAACUAUGAAUCGAAUUAAACCAUAAUUUUAUUGGAGAUAAUCGAACCCAUUUUGCUCAGAUGUUGAGUUUCACAGAGUCUUUGUUUCUUCAGUGUACCAUUUCAGCAGUUAACUUCAUGACUCUGUGAUUCAUUUUUAGCUACUUAUCUGCAGCUGAUGACUUUGAUUUGAAAAACUAGAGAAUAAAAUGCGAAAAAAAGGUCAUCAGUCGCUUUGCAGUGACCGUACAACGCUAUGAAUGAGAUACGAUUAGAAAAAUAAAAAUGAGUGAUUACUAAAAAUUCUUUAAAUUAUUUACUCGAAUAAAGUUUUGAACUUGUGUAA